CCUUUCCCAACACGACUCCAUCGCUGCUUGUUCUCUUUCUUCUCAGCUUUCUCUCCCUCCACAGUACAGCUCACUCUCUCCUCCAUUCGCCGCCGGCUCCAAUGACCGACGCCAAGAAUAUAAAAGUGUGUGACCACCACAAGGAUAAGCGCAGGAAGAUCUUCCGCCGAAUAUUCGCGGGGAUCCUCAUCUUCCUGCUCAUAGUUCUCGUCACCAUACUCAUAAUCUGGGCAAUUCUCCGUCCUUCCAAGCCCGCCUUCAUCCUCCAAGACGUCACCGUUUACGCCUUCAACGCCUCCGUCCCCAACUUUCUCACCUCCAACUUCCAAGUCACGCUCUCUUCCCGGAAUCCCAACGACAAGAUCGGGAUCUACUACGACCGUCUUGACGCCUACGUCAGCUACCAGAACCAGCAAAUUACCUACCGCACAUCGAUCCCGCCCUCGUAUCAGGGUCACGACGAGGUCGACGUCUGGUCGCCAUUCGUCUACGGUACAAACGUGCCCGUGGCUCCCUUCAACUUCGUCACCCUGAGUCAGGAUCAGUCCAACGGCAACGUCCUCGUCAUCAUCAAAAUUGACGGACGCGUGAGAUGGAAAGUCGGGGCCUUCAUUUCCGGCCGUUACCACAUCUACGUACGGUGCCCGGCGUUUAUCACU